AGAGGUAUCGCUCAUAAGUUAGGGUAAUCGAACGGAGAAGUCACUCGAAGCGGAGGUCUCGAGCUCCUCGGCUUCCUUCACGUUUCGACCUAAAGCUCAGAGUCUGAGACACUAGCUCCUCCAUUGAUAGAGGCAAAUUGAUCCUUCCCUAGCAUAAAAUGAGAUUAGAGAAGUGUUGGUUCUGUUCGUCCACUAUUUAUCCCGGGCAUGGUAUGCAGUUUGUACGCAAUGAUGCAAAGAUUUUUAGGUUUUGUAGGUCUAAAUGUCAUAAGAACUUCAAGAUGAAACGUAAUCCUCGCAAAGUUAAAUGGACAAAAGCAUACAGAAGGUUGCAUGGAAAGGAUAUGACACAGGAUUCAACCUUCGAGUUUGAGAGGAAACGAAACAGGCCAGAGAGAUAUGACAGGAAUGUCACAGAGAACACACUGAAGGCCAUUAAGAAGAUCGAUAAAGUUAGAGUAGAUAGGGAAGCCAGACACCAUGCAUUGAGGAGGAAGGGAAAGAAGGCCAAAGAGCAGAAGGAAGCAGCAAAGGAGUUGGAGCAGAGCAUCCACAUGGUCAAGGCUCCCGCUGCACUUCAACAGGAACCUUCUCUUACUCUUCCGAAGAUCAAAGUCAGUGUUUCCCAUCAACAGGCAGAGGAGAAUCGCCCUAUGGAAGAGUGACAAUAAUGACAUUUGAAUUGGUUGAGCUAAAACAAAGAUUAUCUGUAAGGUUGUUUUGGGUUUU